AUGGAAUCCCCUUUGGUUACUUGGGUCGGUAUCACUUUUGGCGUCUUGUUUUCUUUAUUUGUUGUUGAAUCCCAAAAUGUAGACACUGUAGCACCACCUCCGUCUCCACCGCCUCCGCCAUCUCCUGCACCUCCACCUCCACCUCCACCUCCACCGCCUCCGCUAUCUCCACCCCCGCCAUCGGCCCCACCUCCACCUCCUCCCUUUCAUCCGCCUCCGUCACCUCAUCCACACUCUCCUCCACCACCGCAAAAGGGCCUCCCUCCAGCUCCUCCAAAGAAUAAUAACUCAGAUAGAAAUCAUACCAAACAUGAGAAGCCCCAUGCUAAACUAAACCCACCACCGCGGAAAGAGAAAAGACCGCCACCAGCACCAGCACCACCACCAAAAGAGAAAAGGCUCAAUUUUGGCAAGAAAAUCGGACUAUUUUUCAUCGGUAUUGCAACAAUCUUGCAGGCUUGGUACUUGUAUGAGGAUAUGCAAACAAAGAUUGCGGGGCUUAGUUGGCAAAAUGUAUGGAUGAAAAAGGAAUACAUGUCUGUUCUCGUUUCUGCAUCCCCUGAAUGCAAACAUCUUGAACAGUAUGUUCCUGUUAGAGGAUCUUGGCUAUGGGAUUUGGGUAGCCCUUCGCAGAUGAAUAGGGAUACUUCUUAUUGGCUGCCGGUGUGUGCCAUAAAAUGCUUCCAUGUGAAUGCUGGAGAGGUUGCCUUAUCAUCUUCAUAUUCAGUCACCUAUCAGCCAAUUACUUCCAGCAGAAAGAUCCGUCUGCUUCAAGUCACUAACAAUCGAUUCUUAAAUGUUCAACGUAAUUGCUUAAGGGCAGGCAUUGGUAGGGCCUGUGAUUCUAGAUAG